CGGACGCGGAGACUGGGCAUGCUCCGCAGCGGCGCAGGUUUUGGACACAAGUAGGAAGAAACCAGUGCAGGACACCGGCACCGAGAAUCGGGAGCCGCCACCGGCGACUUAAAGCCGAAGCAGGCGGGAGUCGGAGCGGUCUGAGAUCCGCCGAGACUGUCCUGCCGCCUUUUGCCUYUGUCUGCGCGGUGCUUCGGACCCGGGGUCUGUCACCUGGGCGGCAGGGAUCCCCGCGCCGGGAGCCAGAACGGAUAGGACCCUCCUUCUGUCUGCUGCGGCCGGAGGGCGCCCCCCUGAGUGGAGCAGCCGCCGCCUUCUGCGGACCGCUGAGUGUCCGGCUCGCGCCCGGCGCCCGGAGCUAGCGACUGCCACCGUCAGCUCGAGGAGGAGGGGGCGGCCAUGGGGCUGCUGUCCCAGGGCUCGCCUCUGAGCUGGGAGGAGACCAAGCGCUACGCCGACCACGUGCGGCGGCACGGGAUCCUCCAGUUCCUGCACAUCUACCACGCCGUCAAGGACCGGCACAAGGACGUGCUCAAGUGGGGCGACGAGGUGGAAUACAUGUUGGUGUCUUUUGAUCAUGAAAAUAAAAAAGUCCAGUUGGUCCUGUCUGGAGAAGAUGUUCUUGAAACUUUACAAGAGAAGGGGGAAAGAACAAACCCAAAUCAUCCUACCCUUUGGAGACCAGAGUAUGGGAGUUACAUGAUUGAAGGAACACCCGGGCAGCCCUAUGGAGGAACGAUGUCUGAGUUCAACACAGUUGAGGACAACAUGAGAAAACGCCGGAAGGAGGCUACUUCUGUACUAGAAGAAAAUCAGGCUCUUUGCACUAUAACUUCAUUUCCCAGAUUAGGCUGUCCGGGGUUCACCCUGCCUGAGUACAAACCCAACCCAGUUGAAGGAGGAGCUUCCAAGUCCCUCUUCUUUCCAGAUGAAGCAAUAAACAAGCACCCCCGCUUCAGUACCUUAACAAGAAAUAUCCGGCAUAGGAGAGGAGAAAAGGUUGUCAUCAAUGUACCAAUAUUUAAGGACAAGAACACACCAUCUCCAUUCAUAGAAACAUUUCCAGAUGAUGAGGCAGCAAAGGCUUCCAAGCCAGAUCAUAUUUACAUGGAUGCCAUGGGAUUUGGGAUGGGAAAUUGCUGUCUUCAGGUGACAUUCCAAGCCUGCAGCAUAUCUGAGGCAAGAUACCUUUAUGAUCAGUUGGCCACUAUCUGUCCAAUUGUUAUGGCUUUGAGUGCUGCAUCUCCUUUUUACCGAGGCUAUGUGUCAGACAUUGAUUGUCGAUGGGGAGUGAUUUCUGCAUCUGUAGAUGAUAGAACUCGAGAGGAGAGAGGACUGGAGCCACUGAAGAAGAAUAAUUAUAGGAUUAGUAAAUCCCGAUAUGAUUCAAUAGACAGCUACUUAUCUAAGUGUGGUGAGAAGUACAAUGAUAUCGACUUGACCAUAGAUAAAGAAAUCUACCAGCAACUGCUUCAGGAAGGCAUUGAUCAUCUCCUGGCCCAACAUGUUGCCCAUCUCUUUAUUAGAGACCCACUGACUCUGUUUGAGGAGAAAAUACAUCUGGAUGAUGCCAAUGAGUCUGACCAUUUUGAGAAUAUUCAGUCCACAAAUUGGCAGACAAUGAGAUUUAAGCCCCCUCCUCCAAACUCAGACAUUGGAUGGAGAGUAGAAUUCCGACCCAUGGAGGUGCAGUUAACAGACUUUGAGAACUCUGCCUAUGUGGUGUUUGUGGUCCUGCUCACCAGGGUGAUCCUAUCAUACAAAUUGGAUUUUCUAAUUCCACUGUCAAAGGUUGAUGAAAACAUGAAAGUAGCACAGAAACGAGAUGCUGUUCUGCAGGGAAUGUUUUAUUUCAGGAAAGAUAUUUGCAAAGGUGGUAAUGCUGUAGUGGAUGGGUGUGGCAAAGCCCAGAGCAGCUCGGAGCCGGCUACAGAGGAGUACACCCUCAUGAGCAUAGACACCAUCAUCAAUGGGAAGGAAGGUGUGUUUCCUGGACUCAUACCGAUUCUGAACUCUUAUCUUGAAAACAUGGAAGUGGAUGUGGAUACCAGAUGUAGUAUUCUGAACUACUUAAAGCUAAUUAAGAAGAGAGCGUCUGGUGAACUGAUGACGGUUGCUAGAUGGAUGAGAGAAUUUAUAGCACACCAUCCUGACUACAAGCAAGAUAGCGUAAUAACUGAUGACAUGAACUAUAGCCUUAUUUUGAAGUGUAACCAAAUUGCAAAUGAAUUAUGUGAAUGCCCAGAGUUACUAGGACCAGCAUUUAGGAAAGUAAAAUACAGUGGAAGUAAAACUGACUCUUCCAACUAAACUUCCUGCAGAAAGAGAAAUGCAUUACUGUUUGAUUGAAGGACUGACUGCAGGGACACUGACUCUCAGCCCAUGUGUAUGGUAUGAAGACCAAAUGAUAAAACUGCAGUGUUGCCUGGGCCAGAAAUUGAUUUAGAGACUUCCUUCAGUAGGUAAAUAUAGAGUUUAUACAGUGUACAUGUACAUAGUAAAGUAUUUUUAUGAUUAACAAUGUAUUUUAAUAACAUUGUAUCUAAAGUCAUUGUGAAUUGGCUUGUACAUUUUUGAAUUCUUACUCUGGAGCAAAUACUGUCUAAGCCGUUUUCUAAAUGUAAUGUGCUGAUAAUUGUACAAUACCUAGCAUUCCAGAGUUUAAAAUGUUUACUGUAAAUGUUCCUUUAAAGACUACCUGGGACCUGAUUCACCAGGUUAAGAUUCAUAACUUAACUUUACACUUUUCUUUUUUUAAAGUCUUCUUUGUAUGUACAUAAAAUUGCUGGAAUUCAUUAAGGCACCCAGUGGUAAUCUUGGAUUCCUGGCACCUCAUUUAUGAUGCAGCUGACCACCUUACCCCAGGCUUUCCCCACUGAUAGGAUCCAUUGAACUCUG